AUGGUCCUGGCCGUUCUGUCUACUUUGAUAAGUUGUGUUUUAGCUCAUGCUGGGCAUUCCCAUGGUGGAAAAGCAGGCGUUGAGUCCAGCUUGACAGCAGUAUUGUCAAAACACCUUUUCCCUUAUUCCGCUCGCUACAAUGCGCUUUUGGCAACCGCGUACAUUUCAAUUGCUCCAUGUGUGAUUGUCUCUGUCAUCCCAGCCUUUAGGAAGUCUCAAAAGAGCAUGUUUCUCUCGCUAAUGGUAGCUUUCGCUUUCGGCACCUUAUUUGGGGAUAUCCUUUUACACUUAUUGCCAGCGAUAUUCACAGUAAAUGGGGAAGGUAUUGACCUUGGUGGGUUGCCCCAAGCGAUCGCGCAGCUUCCGCAGUUUGAUGCCACACAUGAAAUCGCCAGUGAUUUGCUGUCUGCGUUAGAACCACAUAGCUGGAAGUUGGGGGCUGGGGAUCAAGACCCCAUGCGCCAUACAGUUCUUGGAGUGUUGAUGUUCAUUGGAUUUCUUCUGUUUAUGGCUAUUGACAAGACCUUCCGCUUGAUAAAUUUCGGUUCACCUCAAGAAACUGGCGUGCAUGGACACACUCAUGGGCAUUCGCAUUCUCACUCCCAUCUUCCGGUUCCGGAGCUGAAGUCCCAAACACCGUCGGACGACUCGCCAGAUGCAGUCAAGAGCGAGGUCCAGACGUCCGCCUCGCUCAAGACAUCCGCCUAUUUGAGCUUGGUGUCAGCAUUCGCGCACAACCUCACGGAUGGCUUUGCAUUGGCCUCGUCGUUCUACAAAUCUCGCAGUACCGGGGUGGUCACUACGGUCGCAGUACUGGUGCACGAGAUCCCGCAUGAGCUCGGCGACUUUGCUAUUUUGCUGGCCUCGGGCUUGACUUUCAGCGGCGCCUUGAAAUUUCAAAGCAUGGGUGCUCUUGGGGCCUUGAUGGGCACGAUGUGUGGCUGUUUGGCCAACGAACUCAGCUUCAAUGGCUGCACUGCGACGGCUGUUGGUCCAGGUGUCCUUUGGGGUGUAUCGGCGGCUGACGCUAUGCUGCCAAUCACAACAGGUGGGCUGUUGUUCAUCUCAACAGUCGGUAUCGUCCCAGAACUACUAAACACUAGUGCAGAAACUAAAAACCAAGAACUUGCAUAUACCGGGCUGCAACUUAUUAGUGUACUCCUAGGUUUCGCUCUGAUGGCAUGGAUGAGCCUAAACGAAUGA